AAACUAAUUCUUGCGUAUGUGUACACGUCUAUAGUAACAGGACCUGCGUGUGAUUUUUUGAAUUUAUAGAGCUCAAUUCUUUGCACCCUAAUUCCCCAGAACGCUAAAUUAAUGCUUUAUACGUCAUAAUUAGUAUACGCGCAGCAAUUAAUGACGUGCGCAAUAAUCUUUCUCGAAAAUAAUCCCGGCGCAUCGUUGUCGCGGUCGCCACCCGACGCGUCGUCGCAAUAUCGUCUUAUUCGAUAUGCAGAGCCGCAUUCACCACCGUGUGAUAGCCACUGAAUUACUACGUCCUGCGCACGUUCCGUCAUUCCUCGCUCUCUUGUAACCAGUAGGCGUGUCGAGGAUUGUAACAGUCGCGCGACUCGCGUGUAGGGUGUAAAUAGUGCUCGUAAGGGUGGAAGCCUUGGAAGAGACGUCUUGCGACAAGAUGAUCUUCUGGAUCAGACUUCUUCGCUUUUCCUAUGCCCGAGACAGAUACUAACGAUAUGGGUACAAUAUGGCUUCAGCACUUUGGCAUGUCUCUGGGAAUAACUUUCUUUCGUCAGUCUUCGUGUCACUCUUACUGUUUUAUCCACACAACUCCAAAGCCCGCGAGGUAAUUGACGCACCACUGCCACAACAAGACUAUGUUGCAUCACUACCACCUCCACCGGGAGGUGCUACCACUGCCAGAGUACCAAAGUGCGAUCAGAAGUUUGUAAGCACUCCUGAUGGACCGCUAAAUGGAACCUUUUACGCACCAACGCUCAUCAAUCCUGAAGGAGAUCCACGACAGUGUGUUUAUACGUUCCUCGCAGGACCGCAUCAACGUGUUGAAUUGAUUUUCACCUCGUUCGGCCUCCGAGGAAAACCACCAGAUGGAUCUGCUGUGGGAGAAUUACCCGCCUGUAUUCAUGAGUAUAUGGACAUAUACUCCGAGAUACGAUCGGAAAACACGACUAAGCUGAUAGAAACGCCAUUUGGUGGACGGUUUUGCGGACCAAUUCCACCUCGCAGACGGGUCUCUCUUUAUCAGGGAAUUGCUCUUAGUUUCUUUUCUGAUAAGAAUAUCACUCUACCGAACGUUUUCAGCGGUAUUUACAGAUUUAUUAAUGCUUCUGAGUAUAAAGUGGGCACGCCAGCACCAAAUACACCAUGCUCUUUCACGAUACACGCAGAAGCUAAACGUAGCGGAAAUAUAUUAUCUCCUACUUAUCCUGGCACUUAUCCGAAAAAUCUUACUUGUAAUUAUCAAUUUAUCGGGAAGAAAGGACAACGUGUGCGGUUGGAAUUUCGCGACUUCGAUUUAUUUUUUGGCGGGCUACAUUGCCCAUUGGAUUACGUAAAGGUAUAUGAUGGUCUUGACAAUUCUACUGCCGUUAUUGGCACGUAUUGCGGUCAGCAGCGAAAUUUAGUAUUGUACUCCUCAGAGAAUAGUUUGUUCGUGCUGUUUGUCACGUUGAAGCGCACAGCUAAUACUCAGAACCGAGGUUUUAAGGGUAUUUUUGAGUUCUCGGAGAGUUUUGUUAGCCUGGAUUUCAUAACGGAAUAUCACGGCGAGCAUAUCCGUGGAUCGGAGUGCGAUCAGAAAAUCCUCAGCAAGAAGGAGACAUCGGGAUUUGUAGUUAGUCCAAAUUUUCCAUAUCCUUAUAUACCUAAGGUUGUUUGCCGUUAUUUUAUCUAUGGGAUGCAGGAUUCGCAGCACUUGGAGCGCGUACGAUUGGAAUUUUUAAAAUUUAUGAUACAGAUGGCCAAAGGAGAAGCGGCAUGCACCGAUGGUUACCUGAAAUUAUACCUGAAAGGCCAAGAAGCGACAGAUUCUUACGACAAAUUCGAUUACGAGAUGUGCGGUAACAAGAGCAAUCCGAAUCACGUGGUUAGUGAUGGCCCGAGACUUGUGAUGGUGUUUAGUAGCGGAGAAUUGCAAGCGACAGGUUUCAAAGCCAAGUACACCUUCGAAACGGAAUAUAAGAUACCGGGCACUGCGGCGCCCGAUGGCAGUUGUACUUUCACUUAUUACAGUUCGUCUCGCAAACGUGGAGAAUUUAAUUCUCCACGAUAUCCUAGUAAUUAUCCAAGCAAUACGAAUUGUACAUACUUUUUCAUGGCAACGCCAAACGAGCAGAUUACUUUGAUUUUUGACGCCUUUAAGGUUCGUACGAAAAACGUCAACGUAACAGUCGGACAUUACGGACAUGAAUUAUGUCAGGAAGAUUGGCUUGAAAUUUAUAAUAUGUAUCGGGACGAAACGGAGAAAUUGAUAGGAAGAUAUUGCGGUGCAACUGCGCCGGGUCCGGUAGACUCGAAUCUCGGUGCUCUUGGCUUGAAAGUGAUUUUGCAUUCUGACUCCGAGCUUGUUUACAGCGGCUUCAAAGCGCGUUAUACUUUCGAAGUCGCUAAACCUAUUUUCGGAGAUUGUGGAUCAAAUAUUAGUAGCUUACAUUAUGGUAUAAUAACCAGUCCGAAUUUCCCUAAUAAAUACGAUGGGCCAGCAAGAAACUUAGCAAGCAAAACUUGCAAUUGGUUCAUAAAAGUUCAACCGAAUCACCAGAUACUUCUGAACUUCGAGAUCUUCUCUGUGGAAGGUGAUCAGAUAGCACGAGGUUGUCCCGCAGCCGUAUUACGUAUGUGGUAUUCAUUAAUGUCCACUCCACACGAGCUAUGUGGCGUUAGAACUAGUGACACAAAAUGGCAUUUUCUUUCGGAAGAUAAUAAUAUGCGGCUUAGUUUUAUAUCAGCUGAUAAAGCGGUAGGACAACAAGGCUUUCGGGCAGUAUGGACUGAAGUGAGCACGAAUAUAGACUGUCAAAAUCAAGAAUUUCAAUGCAGCAAAAAUAAAUAUUGCAUCGCUGAAUCGUUACGAUGCAAUAACUUUGAUAAUUGCGGGCCGGAUGAUGCGUCGGAUGAAGAGAAUUGCAUUGCGGCAAUACCAGCAGACAAUUACACGAAACCGAUAGCCUAUGCUGUUGGCAGCAUCCUAGUCAUCCUGAUGUUCUGUUUAGUCUGCCACCGGAAGCUACGACGACGAUCGCGUGGUGUGCCAAUCGAUGAACUGCCGCCGCAAUGUGUAAUCGAUGCCAUUGAUCGCCAUUGCUAUCAUCACCAUGAUCUGUUACACGCAGAUCAUGCGUUAACACACGACUUUAAUCAGUAUCAGUUGGAAGAAUCAAGUCCGUUGAACGAAAGUGAUGAGAUGGAGGAGCCUGAACAAGAUUGCCACCAAGAAACCAGCAGCCCAGAUAGUAUGUAACAUCGAUUACUGCAUCCUUCGCACUGUCUAUCACGUGUAAUCUUUAUUGUUAUUACACGUUAUAAGAAUUGUUAAAGAAACUGUGGUGAAAACAAAUCAAUGUGAUGUUUAUCGUUAUAUACACAACGUCAUUAUAAUAAUAUUGCAUUGUAAAUUUUUUACGUAUGCGAUAUUUGUGUAUACGUAUACAAAUAUUCAUAAGCGAUGACGCAGACACAGUGAAUAUGCGAUUUUUAAAUUAAAUUAUUGGGAAUGAUUUUUUUUUUAAACUUCUUACAUCGAAAUAUCAAACGCAUGUCA